AUGGGAGGAUCGGAUUUUGAAGACGAUGAGUUAUUUAAAGACCUAUAUGGUGAAGAGAAUGAUGUUGAGAAAUCUCAAGAGACAGGCGAAUCAAAAAAUGAGUCAAAGCAAGGAGAAAAUCAAUCUUUAGAAGCUGGUGGAGAAGAAAAAAUAGCGAAAAACGAAGAAAUUGGCGAAGAAAACGAGACAGAGAUUUCGAACCCAGCAAAAAGUGAAAAAGAAGGCGCCAAUGUGGAUGAAUAUUCGCAUCAAGAGACGUACGAAGACGAUGGAGCUGAGCACAAAGGAUUCACUGGAAAUGAGGAUGAAGAACAGGCUCGAAUUUCAGCUAGCUGGGAAGCAGCAGAAAGCACUGAAAACUCCACCCCUUCGUAUGCGAACGUACCCAAUCCCACUGGCAUGUCGUAUUCCGAGACAAGACAGCAGGACGAAAAUAAAGAAGACCAAAGCCCUUUUAAUAAAGAGGACGGAAAAAUGUUUAUUGGUGGCUUGAACUGGGAAACGACUGAUGAGUCACUCCGUGAUUACUUUGAACAGUUUGGUGAAGUUUUAGACUGUACAGUUAUGCGAGACAGCACGAGCGGACGAUCACGUGGGUUUGGAUUUUUGACGUUUAAGGAUCCCAGAUGUGUAAACGACGUGAUGUCGAAAGAGCAUCAUUUGGACGGAAAAAUAAUUGACCCGAAGCGAGCAAUUCCUCGAGAAGAGCAAGAAAAAACAGCAAAGAUGUUUGUAGGGGGAGUUCCAGGGGAUUGCACAGAAGAAGAAUUUCGCGAUUUCUUUAAUAAUUUUGGCCGAGUAUUAGAUGCGACGCUAAUGAUGGACAAAGACACGGGACGGCCCCGUGGAUUUGGAUUUGUAACCUUUGAAAAUGAGUCUGCGGUAGAGGCGACGAUGUCACAACCGUACAUCACGAUUCAUGGAAAGCCAGUGGAAGUGAAACGGGCUACGCCAAAGUCGAGUUUACGGGAAAGCCAUGACCGACACCAGCAGAAUUUCAAUGGAGGAAUGAAUCCGUAUUAUUCACAAAACAUGAAUAUGUACGGAGGCAUGACACCUGCGAUGAUGGCGCAAUAUUAUCGUCAAAUGCAGCAGUAUAUGGAAGCAAUGCGGAAUAUGCCGGCAGCGGCCGCAGGCACGAUGCCGUAUACGCAGCCUGCGAUGCCAGCUGGGAUGGCCGAAUGGCAACAGCAACAGCAACAACAAGGAGGAGGAGCUGGGUAUUUCGAUCCAUCAAAGGGACCUGGGGAAGCAGGUUCAGGAAGUGGUGGACGAGGCGGAGGAUAUCCCAACCGAAAUCCUGGAGGACCCAAUCGACAACGGUAUCGUGGAGGUCGUCGUGGAGGAUCUGCAGGAGGCGGUGGACAUAGUUUUCAUCCCUACCGUCGAUAA